AGGAGACGUGGGCCACUCUGUUGGGAGUGCUGGUCACUCAGCCAAUCACGAUGGACCAAGAAGAAGAAACCCAGCAAGAGGAGGAUAUGGAGAGGACUCAGAUCAAUGUACUGGCGGUUCAGGCCAUCACCUCUCUGGUGCUGAGUGCCAUGACUUUGCCAACAGCAGGAAACCCAGCCGUCAGCUGCCCUGAACAGCAACCCCGCAACAAAAUCCUGAAAGCUCUGGACACCAGGUUUGGUCGCAAGCUGAGUGUGAUUAGAGGUAUGGUUGAGCGUGAGAUUCAGGCCAUGGUGUCAAAGAGAGACAACAUCGCCACACACUUCCCCUAUCAUGCCUGGGACCCCGUGCCAUCCUUAUCAUCCUCAACGGCAGGCACCCUCAUCAGCCAUGAGAAACUCCUGCUGCAGAUUAACACAGAGAGGGAGAUGGGCAACAUGGACUACAAACUGGGUCAAGUGUCAAUUCACUCAGUGUGGUUGGGAAAUAACAUCACCCCUCUGAGGGAGGAGGAGUGGGGUGAGGAUGAGGAAGAUGAAGCAGAUGCUCCAGCACCUGCCUCACCGCCAUUAUCGCCAAUCAACUCCAGGAAGCACCGUGCUGGGGUUGACAUCCAUUCCUGCUCUCAGUUCCUUCUGGAGCUCUACAGUCAGUGGAUCCUCCCUGGCAGCCCCAGUAGCAGGAAGACUCCUGUUGUGCUCCUCAGUGAGGUGGUCAGAUCG